UUCAAUCUUCAUGCCAUCAGUCUUCUCCCGUCUUCUACUCUUACACGACGACAGCCAGCAUCCGCCGCGGCUAAAUAGACAAGUUUUUUAAAAAUUGCUCGAGGGUAAAGCUGCUAGUUAUCAAAUACAGUAAAUCAUGCCACCCCGUAUCAAAAUAAAACCCGCGCUUCUCCGACAACUCCGAUAUUCUCCAGCCAGUCCGCGUCCCGUUCGAUGCAUAAUAAUAUCUCCAAGUCGGAGCUUCUCGGUCACGAAAGCCUCGGCCUCGGCUUCGGCUUCUCACUCUUCCCCGAACUCUACCUCCGCCGAUUCCACCUUCACGACCGUUUCUCCCGAGGAGGUCUCUCACUUCAACGCCCUCGCAUCCUCGUGGUGGGAUCCUCAGGGACCAUCCCGCAUCCUCCACUUGAUGAACCCGCUGCGCCAUGACUUCAUUCGCUCAUGUCGCUCUUCAGCCCUCGAUAAUCCACCCCCGCCUUCGAAUAACUUGAAAUACUUAGAUAUAGGUUGUGGAGGUGGUAUAUUCGCCGAGUCUGCUGCCCGAUUGCCUACGACCGCGUCCGUGACGGCCAUAGAUCCCAGCUCCGAGGUGUUAUCUAUUGCUAAAGCACAUGCUAAGCGGGAUCCUGCCUUGAAAUCUAAGUUAACUUACAUAAAUACGCCUAUCGAAAAUCUGCCGGUUCCGGGUACACCUCAGGACGGCUACGAUAUUGUGUCCAUCUUCGAAGUCAUAGAACACGUGUCGAAUCCAGCCGAAUUCCUCGAUCGGUGUGCUCCCUUCGUCAAACCGGGCGGCUGGUUGGUUCUCAGUACUAUUGCGAGGACAUGGCUUAGCUGGGUGACGACCAAUCUCGUGGCGGAAGACCUACUUCGUAUAGUACCGAAAGGCACCCAUGACUGGCAAAAGUACAUCAACGAAGAAGAAUUAAAAACACACUUUCUCCAAAACAGGACAGAAUGGACUGAGCCUAGAUGUAUGGGCGUAGUUUACGUUCCUGGUCUUGGCUGGAAGGAGGUGACUGGUAGUGAGAAGAUUGGCAACUACUUCUUCGCCGUGAGAAAGGUCACCAAUACAGUAUAAUUAGUCGGGUGUUGUCUCAAUUGUUACAUGACCUUAAAAAUACGGCACUAUCUCUUAUCCCUAUAACUACGUCCAAUUACCAAAAUCUUAGUUAUAAGAGUCCCAGUUAUGGGAGACGCCAUCCAGACCUACAUCGAUUACACCAUUCUCCUCCAAACUACCACCAUACCGAUAUGAGUCUCCCGUUGUCACGUUCAACUGCAGAUACGGCUCAUUUGGUGUUGUUACCUGCUUGCUCAAAGGAAAAGACAAUACUAUAAUAUUGCCAAGGGGUCCGUCCAAACGAAUUCGAUCCGAUAACUCAUAAUAAUACAUAUUGUAUUAACUAAACAUCUAGAUACACUUUUACAACCCAUCUCACGCUUCUGCCGAUUGGCAACUGAGUAUAUCUUAACGCUUACUACGUCCUUAUCGAGACUUUUCUGGUUAUGGACUGCUUACGCGAUAAGACGUACUCAUGUUGGAUGUCGUCAUCCCGAAUGUAACACUAUCAACCAAUGGUAAGCAGGGAUACUA